AAAAUCUUAUGGGUAUCAAACUGAAACCGGAAGAAAAUGCAGCGGAAGAAGAAUAUAUUGAAAAAACUAAAGUGAUGUUACGAAUAGUCGGCGUGAGAUUCUUCUCCUUUUGGCAACGAUUCGAAACGAUCUUUCUUAUGUUUUCCAAGCACAGCAAAAUCUAUUUGGACUAUGUCGGUACGCUGAAGAAGUUCACGCUUGAUGUCAUCGAAAGACGAAGCAAAACUUUCAAAGAAGAGAGAAAAGAAGUUGGUACUGAAAACGAUUUUGGGAUAAAAAAAAAAGCUGCUCUGAUGGAUAUAUUGUUGGAGGAAAGUGAAAGAGGCACGCUGACGUAUGAAGAUAUCAGGGAAGAAAUUGAUACCUUCAUGGUGGCUGGUCACGAAACUUCAGCCGGUAUAUUAUCUUUCGCCUUAUUUGAACUCGCUAGACAACCGGAAGCUCAGCAGACUUUGUAUGAAGAAAUAAUGGCCAUAGCUCCGGAGGGAGAUAUUUCCAUGGAUCAGCUGAACGAUAUGCAGUAUUUGGAAUGUGCUGUCAAGGAAGCCUUACGGAUGUAUCCUCAGGUGCCAUUCAUGGAGCGACAAAUAAUAGAAGAAUUUGAAUUAGAUGGAAUCAAAUAUCCCAUCGGUACAGUUUUUUCAAUUCCGAUAAUCAACAUGCAAAACGAUCCAGACCUGUUUCCAGAUCCUGGCACAUAUGAUCCUUCGAGGUUCUUGCCAGAAAAUGCCGAUAAAAUACCGAAAUAUAAUUACCUACCUUUCAGCGCUGGACCUAGGAUAUGUAUUGGUUACAAAUACGCCAUGUACUCUGCAAAAUGUUCGCUUGCCAAAGUAAUCAGAGAAUACGAGGUGCUUCCCGUUCCAGGAUUCAAUGUCCAACUGGAAUUCCAAAUAACCCUCAAAUCUGUGACGGGAAUCAAUAUCAGAUUGAAGAAGAGAAAACACCAACGAUAAGGACUAGCAACAUGACGUUGAUAGUGUUAAUUUUUCGAAAUUUUUAACGAUUAUUUUAUUCAAGCGAAGAAUUUUCAACGAAAGUUGGAAAGGUCUAUUUUUUGUGACUGUGACUAUGAACUUGAUUUAGAAUUUUCAUGCCAGUUUUGAAGAAUGUCAAGAAGUUUUUUUUAAUAUGAGUUUAGUUAAGUUAGAUUUCAACUUCUUCAACGAUGUGAAAACAGGCGACAUGUUAAUAUUGUUUUAAGAACAUGCCGUACUUGAAAGGUGCUAUUUUAUCAUCAUUAUUUCUCCAUGCUAUAAUUACAAAAAAUUUUUGUUGUUGAUUUGCAUUUAUGAACUUUUUUUUAUAUCAAUGUAAUUCUUACGUUUGAAAUGAUGAUUCAUUGGUGUAGGGGCAGAAUAUUAAAUGGAUCUUCAUCAGAAA